CCUCUUGGAUGGCAGCCAUCCCUUCUCACCUCUCCCCUUCUCCCCUCUGGGGCUCCUAGAUGGAAGCUGGCAUCUUCCACUCCUUUGACCUCCUCACCAUGGUUUCCAUCCCCACAGGCUGUGCCCCGUGGUGCCCGCGGAGGUCCUCAUGCAUCAAUGCCACCGCCUGUCGCUGCGAUCCGGGAUUCAGUUCAGCCUCUGGAGAGAUUUUUACCAACAUCACGGAGAGUUGUGAUGACAUCAAUGAGUGUGUACCACCCAUGACACCACCCUGUGGCAAACUCGCAGACUGCGUGAACACGGAGGGCAACUUCUACUGCAUGUGCAGCCCAGGCUAUGAGCUCCAUUCUGGGGCAAAAACGUUCAGGAAUGAGAGUGAGAACACGUGUCAAGACAUUGAUGAGUGUCAACGGAACCGACACCCCUGUAGAGCCAACAGCAUCUGCAUCAACACCCCUGGUGACUACACCUGCAAGUGCCUGCCUGGCUAUGCACUCCGAGAGGCAAACCCAGUGGUGUGUGCAGAUGUGAAUGAGUGCAGGACUGGGCAGCAUCGGUGUCACCCGUCCACCCGCUGCAGUAAUCUCCCGGGCUCAUACAGCUGCAGCUGCCAUCAAGGAUGGAGGCUUGUGGCAUGGAGCCUGAAAAACCAAACAAUCCAGCAUAACCAAACGAUCUGGAGUAACCAGACAAAAUUGGUGAAUGAAUCUAGUGUGGUCUGUGAAGCACCAGUAUCCUUGCCCAACUGGACCCUGCCCGAUGGAAUCCAUAGCCAGAGUCUCUCUGACUUCUUUGACAAAUUCCAGGCUCUAGCCAAAGAUGUCAAGUCCACUUCAGCCCAGAAAAUCAUCGAGAAACUCAUGAAGAAUGUGGAUGAGCUUCUGGGGACCCCUGGGGACCUAAAGACCCUGCCCCGCCCACAGCAGCAUUGUGUGGCCAAUAACCUGCUCGGUGGUCUGGAGAAUUCCCUGAGAGACCUGAGCAAGGCCCUGCCUGAUGGGGCAUUGGCCCUCAAUUAUUCUGCAGGCACAGCACUGUCCCUGGAUGUACAGAAGCAAGAAGAAAGGAAUGUUCAUUUGAGCCUGAAUCAGGCAAAGAUGCAGCUGAACUGGGAUCUGGGAAAGAAUUCUGACAACACAGGCUCCUCUGCGGUGGGCCUUGUCUCCACUCCAGGGAUGGGCAAACUGCUGACUGAAGCACCCCUGGGCCCAAAGCCUGAGAAUCGGACAGCUCUGAAUCAGAAUUCCAGUGAUGUGCCACAGGGAGUCCCCCCUGUCCUGCUCUCAGACGUCAUCUCUGCUUUUCUGAGCACCAAGGAUGCCCAGAACCUCAGCUCCCCGGUCACCUUCACCUUCUCCCACCGUACGCUGAGCUCUAGGCCAAGAGCAAAAGUGCUCUGUGUCUUCUGGGACCAUGGAGGGGAUGGAUGUGGUCACUGGUCCACCACAGGCUGCAGGAUGGUGACUACCAAGGAGGACAGCACCACCUGCCGCUGCACCCACCUCAGCAGCUUUGCUGUCCUCAUGGCCCAUAAUGACGUGCAGGACGAGGACCCUGUGCUGACCAUCAUCACCUACGUGGGGCUGGGCCUGUCUCUGCUGUGCCUCUUCCUGGCAGCCCUCACCUUCCUCCUGUGCAGAGCCAUCCAGAACAUCAGCACCUCCCUGCACCUGCAGCUCACGCUCUGCCUCUUCCUGGCCCACCUCCUCUUCCUCACGGCCAUCGACCAAACCGAACCUGAGGUGCUGUGCGCCGUCAUCGCGGGGGCCUUACACUACCUGUACCUGGCCUCCUUCACCUGGAUGCUGCUGGAGGGCCUGCACCUGUUCCUCACCGCGCGGAACCUGAUGGUGGUCAACUACUCCAGGGUGAACAGACUCAUGAAGCGGCUCAUGUACCCUGUGGGUUACGGAGUCCCCGCUGUGAUAGUGGUUGUCUCUGCAGGAGUCAGGCCUGGCCUUUACGGAACAUCUACGCGCUGCUGGCUCCACCCAGAAAAAGGACUUACAUGGGCAUUUCUUGGACCCAUCUGCACCAUAGUCUCUGUCAAUUUAGCUUUCUUUCUGAUCACUAUCUGGCUUUUGAAAAGCAAAUUGUCCUCCCUCAACAGUGAAGUGUCCACCCUCCGGAACACAAGGAUGCUGACAUUUAAAGCACUGGCUCAGCUCCUCAUCCUGGGCUGCACCUGGUGUCUGGGCCUCCUGCAGGUGGGUCCAGGUGCCCAGGUCAUGACCUACCUCUUCACCAUCAUCAACACCCUGCAGGGAGUCUUCAUCUUCCUGGUCUACUGCCUUCUCAGCCAGCAGGUCCGGGACCAAUAUAGGAAAUGGUUCAAAGGGAUCCAGAAACGAAGAACUGAGUCCGAGGCAUACACGCUUUCCAGCAAGGGUACGUUGGACACCUCCAAACCCGACACGAUUAAUUAGAAAGAUCUUCUGGAGUCUAUCUUCUCUUCCCCCUGGAAAAUCUGAACGGUCAUUCUCUGAGCCAUUAAGUGGGGAGAAAAAAAUUUUGUUGCAUAUGUUUCAAGAAAUGCCUCAUGCCAGCAAUAUGAAGGAUGUCACAGAGGACAUGCUUGCUGCAGAAAUGGGAACUCUCCUGUGCCCUACAGCAAAUGCCCUGCAUACAGAUGGCCAGCUAUGGCCCAACUUAUCAGUCACUCUGGGUUCACCUCUCUUCUGAGUCCUCUCAUUCCUACAAAGACUUUUUCAGAUGCUAAAAUUUCAAAGUGGGAAAACCAACCUCAAAAAAACUCUUUUUUUCUUUUUUAGGACUAAAAGUCCUUUAUUUAUUUUAAUUUUUUAAUACAUUCAAUCAUUAUACAUCAUUUGGCUAGCAAAGGGAAUUUACCCUACAUGAAAAACACCUCAGACCAGUCCAGUUGAGAAUGCUAUGCAUGUUAUCACCAACAGAUAAUAAACCA